CAGCGGGGCCGAACAUGGCGCGGAGCUGCCGGGCGCUUGGGAAAGUGCUCGCCGAAAGGCUCACAGCUCCGCACAGAAGCGUUCUCAGGAACUAGGAAUCUCCCUUGAGCCUGCCCCUGCUCGCUCCACCCGGCGCCCGAGAGCUGAGUGGCGAUAACCAGCGACGUUGACAUUCGCAUUGCGAUCAGUAGGCUCCAGAGUGAACACGCUGGCGCUGCGUGGGGUAACUGCUCGCUCCUCUGGGAGCCCUUGUCUGGCUGAGGAUUUGGGCACUUGAGGUCGGGGGCCGCAAAGCUCUUUCCAGCUCAAAGGCAAUAAAUAGGCAUUUGGCUUCAUGUGGUAUUCUGAUGAGCAGAAUUCCUCCAAUGCAAGCAUCGGUAACAAACCGUACCUUCGCAAGAAGAACUUUCUUCAACAUUGCUUCGCCAUUCGGAAACAAAAGAAAAGAAUAUUCUGAGAGAAGGAUUAUAGGGUAUUCCAUGCAGGAAAUGUAUGAAGUGGUAGCUGUUGUGGAGGACUACAAACUCUUUGUUCCUUGGUGUAAAAAGUCAGACAUAUUAUCCAAACGUUCUGGAUACUGCAAAGCCCACUUAGAAAUAGGAUUUCCUCCUGUGUUAGAGAAGUAUACAUCAGUUGUUACCCUAGUGAGACCUCACUUGGUUAAGGCAUCCUGCACAGAUGGGAAACUAUUUAAUCAUCUGGAAACUGUGUGGCGUUUUGGACCGGGAAUCCCAGGUUAUCCAAGAACAUGUACCUUGGAUUUUUCAGUUUCUUUUGAGUUUCGUUCACUUCUACACUCUCAACUUGCUACACUAUUUUUUGAUGAAGUUGUUAAACAGAUGGUAGCUGCCUUUGAAAGAAGAGCAUCCAAACUCUAUGGGCCAGAAACUAGUAUACCUCGAGAGCUAAUGUUUCAUGAAAUUCAUCACACAUAAAGGGAAAAGUGUUAGCUUUCUAUCUUGAUUAUAAUCUAACUUGUACACCUUAUUUAUAAGAGGUGCUUUUCUCUGUGGGCAUCUAUUUGUUAACUUAGCUUUGUGUGUAAUAUACUGCUGUACAAAACAUGCACAUAAGAUGGAACCAGAUGUACAUAGAAUAUUAAGCUUCAAGUGCAAUUCAGGGUGUGAUGUUUGUAACAAACUGAAUGGCAGCUACUGUAAACUAGCCAAUCAAGAUUGCCUAAACAGUUUGAUUAUAUAAUGAACAGCACAUCAGCAUUACUGCCUUA